CCUUAAAUUUCUAAAAAAAACUCACUAUUCUUGAAAACACUUUCUUUAAAACCAAACACUAAUCACAAAAACAAAACCAAACAAAUGAACUCAAAUCCCAUGAAAACAACAUUACAAGAUUCCCGAGAAAAUGAGAAAGAAAAUGAAGAGAAAAAUUUAGCUGUAUGGGAUUUAGGUAGUCCAUUGUAUGACUCAUAUGAGGUGGUAACACUUAGCCAUCUGAUCGAACGUCAUCUUAUGAUACUUCCCUCGUUUGGAUCAUCAAGAAUUUCAAAUAAUAAAAUAUCCCCCGAUGAUCAUGUAGCUGUUUCCACCACUCUUGUUGUCAGCUCCGGUGCCGGAAACGGUGGCCGUGAUGAUCGGAGGUCUUUGGUUAAGAGUUUGAGCGGAUAUGUUAGGGCAAAACUGCGGAGGAACAGAAGGAAUGCCGGAGAUGAGAAGCCGGAGAAAGUGAAACGUAAACUUCGUCGUGGGUUUUCCGAUAGGUUUGGAUUUAGUCAAUCAAGAAGGAAUAUUUUUACAGAACGAGAAGAGCUAAAAUAGGUAAAAAUGUAACAACAGAAUCUUGAUUUUCUUGUUUUAAGAUUAAAAUUUGUAUUUCAUUCUUGUUUAGUUUUAUUUGUUGUUAUUAAAAAAAUUAAAUGUCAUGCACACAUAUGUUUGAAUAUAUUAGAUUUGAAUUUUAUUUUC